CUUCCACGUUGUGUUGCCAUGCCCACUAAGACGGUCCCCGCCGUCAUAGUCGAGCGAGGCCUUUCAGAUGGCGGGAGCACUUCCGCCAGUGCUUUCAUGUCUCGCCCUUGAGUCGUGGUGCUGUGUGCCGACGAGUCCCUUCGUCUUGGCCCGUGCCGGCACCGGGAGCAGGCUCCAGGCCGUCAAUCUGCUCGACGGCAUGGCCGCUCAGGCCGAAAGACCGUCUGGGCCAGCAUGGUGUUCCAAGACAGGCUUGGAAUGGAUGGGACGGCGAGUGGGUGGUGGGCAGGGAGGAAAAGGCAGUAAAUUUCAGGAGGCCAAGAGCUGUUGUCGACUUGACGAGUGUGGUGCGGAUGAGAUCAAGGGUCUCUGGUUUGUCUGGGUGCGCUAG